CCCUUGUUCUGCAGAGUGAGUGAGGGAGAGAGAGAGGCAGCAGGGGAUGAACACACACGCAUGCAGACACAUGCACGGGCAGAGAUGUGAAGAGGGAGCUCACACGCGCACGCACACACACCUCUCCUCCUGAUUCAGCGGAACAGAUUUAUUCGUCACCUCGCCGUGCAGCCUCACGCAGCGAGCCUGCUGCAAAACACUGAGACAAUCCCAAACCCAGCGCGGCGGCACCUGCCCCCCGCCCCCUCUACCCCCACCUCCAACCCCUCACCCCCACCCACCCCCGUGUCCGUCAUCCCGCCCGUCUGUCUGCGUAGAUUAACGGACUCCGUUACAACUCUGACUGCGUGCUCACCGGCGUCCACUGCAGCUUGGUGCCGGGUUCCGGGGGUUGGAGGGAAGCGUGAACACACACACACACACAGACACGCGACAAGCUGAAACCCACCAGGAGAGCACGAGACGAGACGAGCGGCGAAUGUGAAUGAUGGGGAAACUAAAAAGCGAAGACUGCAUUGAGGACGGGCCAGAGGAGAAGCUGCGGGACAAAUAGACAACCACUGUACAGCUCUGCAUCUCUACCUUAGGACGCCUCCUCCCUCCCUCCCUCCCGCAAGGAGAUGUUCACCAUUAUGGGAUAGAUGCAAAGGUCUGCCCCGUUGCCAUGGAUACCAGCACGCGAAAAUUCACUGUGCGGAGAUGGUUUUCCAUCUACCUGAAGAACAAGGCGGCGAGAAACAAGAACACCAGUGGAUUCUGUCAGCUAGAGGAUGACAGCAUAUUGAAGGAGAUUGACAUCAGCCACCAUGUUAAGGAGGGCUGUGAGAAAGCAGACCCUUCUCAGUUCCAGUUGCUUAAAGUGCUGGGACAGGGCUCCUAUGGAAAGGUGUUUCUGGUGAGAAAGAUCAGAGGAGUGGACAGAGGACAGCUGUAUGCCAUGAAGGUCCUGAAGAAAGCCACGCUGAAAGUUCGGGAUCGUGUGCGGUCUAAGAUGGAGAGAGACAUUCUGGCAGAAGUGAACCAUCCAUUUAUAGUUAAACUGCACUAUGCCUUCCAGACAGAAGGGAAGCUCUAUCUGAUCCUAGACUUCCUCCGAGGAGGGGACCUUUUCACUCGUCUGUCAAAGGAGGUAAUGUUCACAGAGGAGGAUGUGAAGUUUUACCUUGCAGAGUUGGCCCUGGCCUUGGACCAUCUACACAGUCUGGGCAUCAUCUACAGGGACCUCAAACCUGAAAACAUUCUUCUGGAUGAAGAAGGACAUAUUAAAAUAACUGACUUUGGUUUGAGUAAGGAAGCCAUCGACCAUGAUAAAAGAGCAUAUUCCUUCUGUGGAACAAUAGAGUACAUGGCUCCAGAGGUUGUAAAUAGGAGAGGGCACACACAAAGUGCUGACUGGUGGUCAUUUGGGGUCCUUAUGUUUGAGAUGUUGACAGGAUCAUUACCGUUCCAAGGAAAAGAUCGCAAGGAAACAAUGGCACUUAUUCUAAAGGCCAAGCUGGGAAUGCCACAGUUCCUCAGUCCUGAAGUACAGAGUUUAUUAAGAGCACUCUUCAAGAGAAACCCUGCUAAUCGACUAGGUGCAGGACCAGAAGGUGUGGAAGAAAUAAAAAGACAUCGCUUCUUUGCAUCAAUAGACUGGAAUAAGUUGUACAGGAAGGAAGUGAGGCCUCCUUUCAAACCAACAGUCGGAAGACCUGAAGACACUUUUCACUUUGACCCUGAGUUCACCUCCCGAACACCAACCGAUUCUCCAGGUAUUCCUCCGAGUGCAAACACACACCAGUUGUUUCGUGGUUUCAGCUUCGUUGCAACUAAUCAAAACCAGGAGCCCAGUGUCGCUACAGUGGCGCCUUCUCGUCAGGAGGUAAACAACAUCAACCCCAUAGCACAGCAUCUCCGCGGUGAUGUGGCCUUCACUGACGUUUAUGAGCUGAAGGAAGAAGUCGGGCAGACUGCGACUUCUGUCCGCAGGAGAUGUCUACACAGAGUUACUGCUGUAGAGUAUUCAGUGAAGAUUAUUGACAGAGCGAGGAAAGAUCCAUCAGAAGAGAUCGAGGUUCUGUUAAGAUACGGGCAGCAUCCAAAUAUAAUUACCCUGAAGGACGUGUUUGACGAUGGCCAGUGUGUGUUCCUGGUCCAGGAUUUACUGAGAGGAGAAGAGCUUCUGGACAGAGCUCUGACGGUGCCAAAUUUUACAGAGAGAGAUGCAUCAGACAUCAUCUGCACACUGGCCAAGACUGUGGAAUAUUUACACUCACUGGGGGUUGUGCAUCGAGACCUGAAGCCCAGUAAUGUUCGCUAUGCUGAUGACAGCGGACGCACCGAAAGCAUCAGGAUUUGCGAUUUUGGAUUUGCCAAACAGCUCAGAGCUGAAAAUGGCUUGUUGAUGACACCCUGUUACACAGCUACGUUCAUGGCUCCUGAGGUUUUGAGGAAGCAGGGUUAUGAUGCAGCCUGUGACAUCUGGAGCCUGGGGAUCCUGCUUUACACCAUGAUAGCUGGUUUCAGCCCAUUUGCCAGCAGCUCUGAGGACACAGCAGAGGAAAUUCUGGCUCAAAUCGGCAGUGGGAAAUUCAUCAUCACAGGAGGGAACUGGGACCUGGUUUCAGAUGCUGCCAAGGACAUUGUUAUAAAGAUGCUCCAUGUGGACCCUCACCAGCGCCUGACUGCCCCUCAGGUCCUUCGUCACCCCUGGAUUGUAGAGAGAGACCAGCUCUCUGACAGAGCUCUCACCAGACAAGAUGCACUCACUGUCAAGGGGGCACUGUCUGCCACCUACUCUGCUCUGAGACGCUGCGCUCCCACUCCCGUCCUGGAGCCUGUUCAGUCCUCCAGCCUGGCUCAGCGGAGAGGGAUGAAGAAACUUGGGAGUCCAAAAGUUAUAUCAGACCCUAAAGAGAAAGAGUAGUCUCAACAAUGUGACUGAAACUCAAAAGAAAUGAACUAUAGGCCAAUAUAAGAUGUACUCUUAUUUGAAAAGCACAAACCUUGUUACACAGUGCUUGUAGGCCUAUGAAUGUAGCAGAUCAAAUAAACCAGGAGAUCUGCUGAUAUUCAACAUGUGAGAGUAAAGUUACUCCAAAAAAGGACAGAGGCAGUUUUUCAAGCUUUUGCUUUUAAAUAAAUCUCACUCCUAUGGGACUAAGCUCAAUUAACUGAAAUAAUGAAGCAGUCCAAUACCCCUGAGACCAAGAUUUGGUUUAGUUCACUUUAGUUCACCCAAUUCAAAAUGUAAAAUUGCAAUCUUUAAGUUUUAAACAAAUAUGACAUCUAACAUCUGUCAUGUGCACUGAGAACUUAACUCUAAAUCUCAUCAAAAUUUUAAGUCUCCCUCAGUUGUCCUGUAGCCAUUACAAGCUUAGUUUGAUUGAACAAAAAUAUAUAUCUCUUUUAUUCCCCCACUAAUUUUGACCUUACCCUCCAGACAACACUUUCAUAGUCUGAUCAUGGCAAUAAAAUUGCCAGCAAUGGGGCUGAUUUGGUUUUCACAACCUUUUUUUUUGUUAUAAUGCAAUUACAGCUGUAGCACAACAGAUACAGAUACACUGUUACCUGCCUUGAUCCAUAUUGUAGCUCCUGCAGUUCCAAAAAAAAGCAGCAUUCAGUGCCACACACAACAUGCCAAGUAGUCGAUUUACUUUAGCUUCCAUAUUUAGCAUAUACACACAUGUCACCAGGAGUUCAUGGAGAGGCAAACAUCUAUACCGUCUUCCAUUGUCAUGACUCUGAAAUAUAUUUGAAUGAGGCAGUGACACUCAGAUUACAAUGUUUUUCGUCCAAUCAAUCUUCUGAAUUCUACUUAUGCAUGUUGAAAAUGUAAAUAUCCUACCAAAGGGAAUUAUUUCUUAAGUUAACAAUGCCAUUGAAGUCUUACUGUUCAUAAUAUGCUUAAUAAGUUUACUGUAUGUAUUGUUGUUUUCCAUAAAUGCAGCCUUUGCCUCUUAUAAAAAUGUAUUGUCAAAUGUGUCACCUCUGCACCUCCCAGAUCAGAUGGUGGGACGUAGUUUGUCGUGCUUUUUCAUAACACAUCAUAUUCAAAAUGUUAUUUGGCUCAAGAGUCAGUCAUAAAACUGGAGAGCAUCAUACGGCUCUCCUGUAAAUGUCACUCUCAUAGCAAAACUCUUCAGCAUGUAAUACACUGUAUUAUUGAAUCAGCAUUCAGUGAGCUAGCUCAUCAUUCUGUGCGUGUUUGCUAAAGUGUGCCCUGUAGCUGCCAAUAGGCCUCUGUUUGCUGUUCGUGUCUGAAAGCCAAAACAUUGGAGAACCACUGUGUCAGAGGUUUGUAUAUACUGUCUAUUGCUGCUGCCCUGAUUGUGUCUAAUAAGCUGUACAAUCACAAAUACGAGGUAAGACUGAACAGGGUGUUUUGCAGAUAUGAGUAGCACACGUUGUGUUGUACAGUUACGGUGUUGUGUACAGUUUACCAGUAGGAAUGUAGAUGAUGAUGCUCCACAUUUAAUACACAUACUUACUGGUCAGGUUGAACAAAAUAUAUUGUGUAUGACGUGUAACCAACAAGCACUGUAACAAUACAGUAAUUGUAUCUAGCUGAUACACAAACUGUCUGUGUUGUGUCACACCACACAACUGUAAGCAGUGGAGCUAGGACUGAUGCAACUAUGAGUAUGCAGAUAAGGUUGUAAAUUUUGUGUUAUACAACCAUGAGUUCAAGGUAGAACUGUAAAUACUGUAUUGUUUACUUAGACUGUACAUACUGUUGUGCAAAACCACCAGUGAAGAGGCUAGAUUGUGUAUAUAUAGUGCUGUGUAAGUAUUGGCAAGCAGUAACACUGUACAUAUUGUGUUUGCAGAUAUAUUGGGAUUGUACAUAUUAUACUGUGUUGUGCAUCCAUUGCUCAGAGUGUACAUACUGUCUAUACCUGGCCAAUCACUGAAAUUAUUGGCUAGAAUGCCAAAGUUUUACAAAUAAAGGAAAAGGACAUAAAUGGCA